AUGGCAAGAGUUGUAUCAACGCCGCCCACGGCUCGCAUCUCUUUACCACAGCACCCCCAUCUCCUCCGUCACAACUCUACAGCAUCGGCGAAACCCGAGGAUGAUUCGCCCGAUGCUUUCUCUUCAGAAAGUGAGACUCGGGAUUCGACAUCAGAUCUUGUCUCUACGACCUUAGACCAGUCCGCAGUGGAAGCGGAAUUCAAAGACACAACGAAGGAAUCGAAAUCCGACAACCCAUGGGCUUUCCUGUAUGAAGACACCAUGGCUAAACCCCAAAACCGCGCUUCCGACACGACCAGUUUCCUGAAGAGAAGCGCGGUGCAACCUAGAACAACGAAUCGUCUCAUGAAGAAAGCGGGAGACGAAGCACGUACGAUAACACGGCGCGAAAUGGACAUGUUCUCCAAGAUCUUCGAUACCAUUCUCGCUGGAAAACCGGCUAAUACUCCGGCAUCACGGUCAGGGGGUGGAUUGGGUGGGUUGUUUGGACAUUCGUCGUCGGGGCUCGGUGAGAGGAAGGAUGUGCUCAGUUUCGGACCGGGUGGGGGUCGGUCGACAGAUUCACAGGCCGUAGAGCAGUUAAACGCCUACCCUCCCUCACUCCGUGCUUUCGCUGCGAAAGCAACUGGACUUCCUAGUUGGGUAGGGAAGGAGGCAAAGAAGACCCUGACCGAAGCGGAGCGUCAAGCAGAAGAAGCACGAGCAGCAGAACUGGACGAACUCAGAACUCAAAUGCGCGCCUGCACAACCAACCUCGAACUCUCCGAAUUCAUCGACACCAAGAUCUUCGGCAAACUCGAAGCCGCAGAAUCUCACGAACGCGCUGCCCUACUCUCACCAAAUUACCCCCACCUCAUCCUCGAAGCCAUUCGUCUCCUCCGCCGGCAGUUCGGAUCCUACCCCUUGGCAUCCGCAACGUUCGACCGCGUAAAGCGUUUGGGUCCUGAGAGUUAUGUCAUCGGACUCACCACAAAAGUCUACAAUGCACACCUCAUCACCCGCUGGCUCGGCUGGCACGACCUCCACGACAUCCACGAACUCAUCCGCGAAAUGCGCACGAACGCCGUCGAACCCGAUACCGAAACCGCCGAUAUCGUCCGCGAAAUUAUCCUCUCCAUCGAAGCUGGACGCAGGAAGAAAACUGUUGUUCUGAGUGAGGAGGAUCUAUAUUUCAUUACAGAGUUGGAUAAGAGUCGGUUUGGCAUGUUGAAGGAGAUUGCGAGAAGGUUUGAGGAGGCGGCGAGUGCGAUGAAUAAGGCUGAGGGGGCGAGAGUGCAGAAUCAGUUGGUGGAGAUGGAGGAGAAGUAUGAGGCGGAGGCGGCGGCGUUGGCGGCGGUGAAAGCGGAGGAGAGCUCGGGGAAGGCGACCGCGACAGAGACGGUCUACCAGCCUCCCGCACCCGAGGUGGAGCGGCCCAAGUCGAACCCGGCCGAUGAUAUGGACUUCUUCAAGAAUCUCAUUCACGAAGACACUGAGCAGGCGUUUAAGGCUGACGAGCCUGGCCGCACGUCCUUUUCUUCAAGAAGAUUGUCAGAGGAGGCGAGUGGUGCGCAACGAUAA